AUGACUUUUACGGCUCCUUUUUUUCAGAAUACUGAUUACAACGCGUUCAUCAAUUUGUUCGAACAGCAAGUCGAGGUCCACGCAGAUAAAAUCCCUAUGUCAGACAAAGGCACCGUCAAACGUCAAGCUGUGGUGGACGAGUACAGCGAUAUGAUUGCUGAACUGUAUGACGAUUUCCUGAACCAAAACCCGACCUGUACUGCGACAGAAAAGGACGCUAUGGACUGGCCGAAGCAGCAUACCGCUUCAUAUUUGGUAGACUCUGCAGCCGAGGUGCUCGAUUUACACGUUUCAGAGUUGCUUCAAGAAUGUCCAGUCUCUCCCCGUGUGGAUAACUAA